GACAUCGAGGACGGGCGUCUCAUUUCUCCGUCUGUAUCGCAUACAGUACGUCAUACUUCCGUUUCCCUCUUCAAUGGGAUCGCUGGUAAACGUGUCUAAGACCGAGAAGCGUCCAAUUUUGACAUAUGAGAUUUGGCCUCAGUGAGCGAAGUGAUUUGCGAAAGUGUCGUCACUUAGCGAUACCUCAAAAACGUUACAUGGCUUGACCUGUUGUUUCACCGAAUAUAUCUUUCUGGAUUACAACUGAACGGAGUGAAUUUUCAGAACAGUACGUCACUUCACUAUUUGACUAGACUAAAAACACAAUCACCGCUGACAUCAGAAACUCAUCUUUUUGGGGUAGGUUUACGCUUCUGGAGAUAGCUUCGCUUGCUAGUUGCUAAAAAAGCGACGCAGAAGUGAUCAAAACGUCGCGAAGGUGAAUUCAAGCGCGAGGGUAAAGUACUGUGAUUUUCGUGUGAAAAUGUGUAAAGUAGAAAUACUGAGAGCCCUGCUGAACCAGCGACUAAAUUCGGCUGUUGAGGAAGUGAUUGCGGCGUUUCAAGGAACAAUAGCAGAGUAUGAGGAGGAACUUUCACGAACAAAACAGGAGAACGAGCGACAACGUAAAAUAUUGGACGCUGUUUUCAAGAAGCCCCAAGAUGAAUUACACAGAGAAGACAUCAAUGAAGAUCUUCGCCUCAAGCACCAGCAGCCACAGUGCUCCCACAUUAAAGAUGAAGGGGAGCCAACGCACCACUACCGGUCUGUUAAAGAGGAAGAGGAGGAUAAUGUCACCAAUAUGCCAUUUGCUACCGUCCCUAUGAAUAAUGAAGAGGAUGAAGACAAAUGCCCAAGUGAGCAAAAUGGAGGAGCUGUGCAAGAGCCUCCAUGCAGCAGCUCAAGUCAACACAUGCCAACAGAAGAUGAUAGAGACCAGUGUGGAGGAUCACGGACAGAAAGCCUCAUAGCGCCACUAUCAGACAGUGACGACACAACCUCUUUUACUUCUGACACUGACAAUGAACACUCGAAAGGUGAUAUGACAUAUCACACUAACAGCAAACGGUUGAAGUGCUCUCAUUGUGGGAAAAACUUUGCUGCCGGGCAUAAUCUGAACCGGCACUUGAGAACACACACAGGAAAGAAACCUUUUUCCUGCUCAGUCUGCAACUUGAGUUUCACUCAUAGAUCAGGAUUGGUUGAACACACAAGAACACACAGUGGGGAGAAACCUUUUGUCUGCUCAGUUUGUGGUAAGAGAUUCACACAAAGGGGAAGUUUAAUUAAGCACACAAGAACACACACAGGAGAUAAACCUUUUACAUGCUCAGUUUGCAACUUAAGUUUCGGGAAUCGUUCAAGUUUAGGAACACACACAAGAACACACACUGGAGAGAAGCCUUUUGUCUGCUCAGUUUGUGGUAAGAGAUUUUCUGUCAAGGGAAAUUUAAGAUCACAUACAAGAACGCACACUGGAGAGAAACCUUUCACCUGCUCAGUCUGUAACAUAAGCUUUAGGUAUCGUACAGGAUUGAUUCAACACACAAGAACACAUACUGGUGAGAGACCAUUUUGCUGUUUAGUGUGUGGCCAAAGAUUUUCUCAAAAGCAGAAUUUAAUUUCACACACAAGAAUACAUACUGGUGAGAGACCGUUCAGUUGCAGUGUAUGUGACAAAAAAUUCUAUGUAAAGUAUCAUGUUAAAAGACACAAGUGUGCUGGGGCAAAGAGCAGCAAUCUACAAAGUUGCUAGAUUUUAAGCAAACUAUGAAGAAACUUUGACUAAUUAACAAACGCAUCAAGUUUGAUUGCUUGUGGCAAUGAUGGAUGAGUAUAUAGAUGAUCCUGAAUUUAAAAACCAACGGUGAUCAGCGUCUGUCUUUGGUGUGAAUGUCUUUGUACAGUGCACUGGCAGCACAAAAGAUGCUCCUUAUAGCAGGCUCUCGCCCCGCUGCUUCCCAGCUUCUUCCUGAGCAUCCUAACCAAUUUGCUUUCAUCUCAGACCGGGUUCAGUGAAUCGGCACUGGGACGGCUCAAGAACAGUGAAAAUCCACGUAUAAUGGGUGCCCAUUAAAAUGUAUUGGUGAAAAGAAGACAUUAAAAAAAGACUGACACUCAUUAUCCGUUUUCCACAAUAAAUGGUUGGAACAAAAUAUGCGAAUGUGUCCUAUCAAUGAAAUAAUUUGCAGUAUAAAUUCUGUUCACAUUUUUCAGGGCAUCCGAGAGUAGCGUGCAAUCAUGAGUCUGCGUGAUAGUAUGCGUCAUUUGCCAAAAUGUCGGGUCAGUCUAAUUCAUGUCCAUGCAAACACAUAGUUAGGAGUAGGCACGCCAUCGUCUCUUUUCACCACAAUGUUUUGUUAUGAGUGUUUUAUGUGACGUUCUUGAAUGUAUGUGUUAAUGUGUGGCGAUCGUUAGCAUCUGUCAGCUCGGUAGUGGUGUGAACAUGGUUGCAAAAAUAAGUGCUGACAGGAAGUGCCACAGAGAUUGUGGGAGGGGCAAAUGUCGGAGGGCCAAAUGUAGCCCCUGGACGACAUUUGCCCAUGACUGCGGCCUUUUUGGAAAGUCAAAAUAUCCUAAACACCUAUGCCUUCUUUCCUUCACCUUUGUUGCAUUAUAUAUUCGGGUUAAGGAGAGAUGAAAAUGAGCUUAAUUUCCAACACAGGAAAGAACAGCACUGUUUCAACUGAAUACGACUCCACUCUUCCCUACUGAUGUCAUUGACGACUGCAUGCUGACAUAGGUCUCUCUAGCUUGCGGACUUUGCCUGCAAAAUAGCCC